UCAUUGUGUGUGUGUGUGUGUGUGUGUAGGAGUCUGCAGGUCAGACUCCGCUGAGUAAAUCAUGUGAAUCGGCUGUUUUUCCCUCAGCUCGACCUUCGCACUGAGACUUCACCCACAGCGCUGCGGUUUCCUACACAUGUCCGUGUUUCCCUCGUUGCUGGUUUGCGGAGAGACGUCAGUGCUGGGUUUGGAGAGUGAAUGGCGGGUUUGGCUUUCACAGGAAAAGUUUGACAGAAACUAAGUUCUUCGGUUCUUGCUGUGAACAAGGGUGAAUCGGCAGACCGGACGGGGCUUUUUCGCUGCUCCGCAACAAUGAAAAGUCUAAAACAGCGUCUGAAGAAACACGAGAUAUCGACCAGUGGCACAGAGUGGAGCAAGUAUGAUGAGCGCCUACUGAGAGCGGUGGAGAUCGGCGACACAGACAAAGUUACUGCCACACUCAAGAAAGGAGCCGUCCCCACUAGACUAGAUGCUGAAGGCUGCUCUGCGUUUCAUCUAGCAGCCAGCAAGGGAUUAAUAAAUAGUCUCAAUAUUUUCCUUGGCCAUGGCGUCAACCUGCAUGCAACAGAUGCUUCCGGUAAAACAGCGCUGCAUCUUUCUGCAGGAGGUGGUCAUUCUGCCUGUGUUCAGAGACUACUACAGUGUAAAAGUCCUGUUGAUAGCACAGAUCUACAGGGGAGAACAGCUCUGCAUGAUGCAGCAUAUGCAGGUCACAGUACCAUAAUCAAAAUGCUUUGUGACAGUGGUGCAUCUGUCAGUGCCCUUGACACAGAUGGCCGGUCUCCACUGUUACUAGCAGCACAGACGUCUCAUUCUCGAGCAUGCCAGCAACUGCUGCUGUACGGGGCAUCCACCACCCUCAGAGACAAACAAAAUAAGACUGCGCUGAUCUUGGCUUGUGAGCAUCCUUGUCGUGAAGUGGUGGAGGUCUUGCUGAAGAAUAAGGCAGACGUUACCGCUGUGGACCUCUACGGCCAUGACCCUUACCACUAUGCCCAGCUUAGUAACGACGAAGCCCUGAUCACAAUGAUUAAACAAGCCUUGGAGGCGGCCAGCAAGGCUCAGGACGCUGCUAAGACUGCGCAAAAAAUACAGCAGCAGAGGUCAAUGAAUGCUGAAGCUCAAGCUCAUAUGAGGAAGAUAACUGCACAUGCCCCAGUUAAAGCACCGCCCUCUGGCAUCAGCUGGUCCAGUACAGGAGUUGUGAAGCUGGAGAAAGUUCCAUCACAGCAGCACUCUAGGGAGCACGGCAGCCGCUCUGCAGAUGGAAAAAAUGACCCACAGAGUCAUCUGGAAUCUGCACAGGUUAGACACCUCGGCCCUCACUCAGCAGCUCCUGCCUCAGUCGGUUUACCUCCCAGGCCAGUGGAGUUGAUGGCUGGUGAGAUGGAGGUUCUGAGGAGGGAGUUGUGGGAGGCAAGGCGGAGGCAGGAAGCGGCUGAAGGGGAGGUGCUAAGGCUAGACGCAGCGCUGGGUCUGCGUGCACGAGAGUACGAGGAGCUGAGGAGGAGCAGCGAACGCGCCCUGCAGGACGCCCAUGGCCGGGCCUGGGAGCUAGAAGAGGCGCUCGGAGAGGUGCAGCGCAGGAUGGCCGGCUCAGAAGCCAGAGUCCGGCAGAUGCAGGCCCAUCUGGUUGCCGUUCGUGAGAACCUGGUCGAGGAGCUGAGGAUGCAGCUGCAUGAGGCCCGAGCACACAGGGAAGCGGCUGUAGCCGAGCUGGAGCGAACGCAGGAGGACCUCGGACGGACCCGGAGGGAGUUGGAGGAGCAGAGGGAGCAGCAUGGGAUGCUUCUUCAGGAGGUGCAUAGACUCACAGAGGAGCUGCUGAGCAAGGAUGAGCACACAAAAGCCCUCAAGGCUAGCUUGGUGGCUUUGGAGGCUAGAAGAGCUCAGAUGGCUUGCAAAGACAUACAGACCCCCUUGGAAUGGCAGCCCAUAUUUCCAAAGACCACCAUGACAGACCUCACUAGCGAGAUUCUUCAAAACGCGAUGGAUAAGAGGAACUAUAUCAGUAGAGAUGAGCACACAAAGGCACUGAAGGCUAGCUUGGCUGCUGCAGAUGACAGGAGAACCGAAAUGCACUGCAAGGUGAUCCAAACCCCUUUAGAAUGGCAGCCUAAAUAUCCAAAGUCCACCAUGACAGAUCUCACUAGUGAAACUUUUCAGCGGGAGAUGGACAAGAAGGACUACAUCAGUAUGGAAGAGCACAAUUCCAUGAGGAGCUCCCUCAGUGCUGCGCUCCAGGGAGCAGAGAGUCGUGCUCAGGAGGCUCUGCUGAGACAGCAACAGGCUGAAGAGGAGAACCAGAGCCUCCUUGCAGAGCUUCAGGAGCAGAAGACGGAGCUGGACACACUACAUCAAGCCCUGAAGGCCAGGUUUGUGCCUGUGGCCCUGCUGGAGGAGAAGGAGAGAGAAUUGGCUCAGCUCAGGCUGACCCUGAAAGAGAUGGAGGAGAGCAGGGAUAGGUACCAGAACCUUGGGAAGGCUCAGAGACAGCAAGAGGAAGCCCAGAAUCCAAGCAAUGCUCCAUCUCAGAGUGAGACUCCAGUUUGUGGAACUGCAGAAGAGAAGGGGAAAACAGCUAAAGCAGCCACAGAGUCCUCCAUUAAUGUGGAGAGCACACCGACACACCCUUUAGAGGGUCAAGACAAGGAUGCAGAGUCUGUGGUAGAGGCAGAGGGCCGGAGGGAAGCUAAGGGCGCCUCAUCAGCAUCAAGUAGCCCCUGUGGACACGCGCAGUCAGACAGCACCAGCCUGCAGGCACACAUUAACAGCUUGGAGCAGCAGCUAGUGGUCAGUCAGGACUCUGAAAGGCGAUACAGACAAAUUCUGGCUAUAUAUCGCACACGUCUCCUCAACGCAGCACAGGGCUACAUGGAUGAGGAAGCCCGUGUGGCACUGCUUCAGAUUGCCCAGAUGAGACAGGAGUGUGUGUAUUAAUCAUCGCCCAUGCAUGUGUGUAUAUGCAUGUGUGUAUAUGAUGCACGUGAGUGCUGAUUACGUUUCAAGUCACGUGUAUUGAACACACAGCACGCCUAACAGAUUAAGGUCAUGGUUUUUAAUUAAGAAACAUUUGUGUACUUUAUGCUUUUUUAUGUACCUUGUGUCAAAUUACAUGAAUGUGUAAACCAAUCAUGGUUUUGUAAUAUGCGUAAUGAUGUGUAUAAAUGAGUGAUCACUCUAUAACUUUAUAAUAUAACAAACAUUAAAAAAAACAGUAUGGUUGGCUUUGAUGACCUACUUUAAAGCAAAUCUACGUCCAAACUUUAUGUAUUUAAAAAAACACUUUACAUCAUUUCCAUCACCUUUAUAGACCUUUGGGAGAUCAUUCUGAACUGGCCGUGGUCUUUGAUUCAGGCGUCUCAAUCAGAGGGCUGUUUCAUGUGUUUCCUAAUGUUGCUGCUGGACGUGCUGGAGGAGCUGGACUGCCCUCUUGUGGUUUGUGCUGCAAACCAAAAUACCUUUUGAUGAGAAUUCAUCCAGGAUUUGCAUUUGCUUGGCUUUGUGUGUGCACUUUGCUAUGAAGCCCACCUUCAUGGAUUAGUACAGCCUGAUGAGUGGAGCUUAAUGGGGAGUGUCGUCUGGCUUACUCAACAUUUUGUAAUAAUAUGUACUUUGUUCUUUUCCAAGAGUAAGGUACUUCUAUAAGAUGAACAUCAGUGUUUGCACAGUUGAUGAAAUCUACCCCUUCACCCAGCCCCACAAAAAAGGGGGGUAAAAUUGCUGGUAUUUUUUAGAGCUAGAUCUAUUGCGGUUAACCCUCAUAGACAUUCUCCAGAACCUCUCCCCAUGUGGUGUUCAUUUAAAGUGUAACCAGAGAAAUGAUGCUUGUAGCCUUGCCCUCACCUCAACGCAGUCAUUCAUCUGCACUUUUAUUUCUGUUAAUAAGAUUUAUUUUCUACACCGGCCUGGGGUAGCGCUAAGCCCUGCGCUUACUCUCACACCUGCGUGUGUUUUCCAUUCCAUGGCUGAAUGGAGUUAUUGUGGCCAAUGUGGUUUUAUUCAUUUUCUUGGCCUGGGCGGCUGCACUGUAGCUACAGUCUGUGAAAGCAUGUGAUAUUAUUUAGAAGAACCUUUUGGCAGCGAGACAGUAUGUUUUAUUUCACUGAAGGCCAGAGAUUUUCUGCAGGAAAAAGAAACUUAAUACACCAUUUAACUUUGAAGCUAAGCCAGCCGCAUUCCCCUCCUCCAACCCUUCACCUCAAUUUGUUCACUUGAGACCCACUUCCAUGCUCAGGCCAUUAUUGUGAGUCCUGGUUCAUAUUUAAAAGCAGAGCAAACCACAACAUUGGUUUCGAGUUUAGUUCUUUGCGGUCUGAUCUGUCUAAGCUGUUCUCAGUAAUUAUGGUGAACGCCUUUUCAGUGUGCCUGGAGAUUUGCCUCUAAUCAGAUUUCCAGUGCAGUAACCAGAACCACAUGGCUGAUUUUGGUUUGGUUUUGCUCGUAUUAUUCAGUGCGCUUAAAGAUCACAAUGUGGCACUUAACGGCCCCCUAACAAGUGCUGGCUGUAAGUGGCUCCGCCUUUUUCUCGGUAUAUUAUGAAGAGCCUGGGCUUCACUUAGCGCUGUAACUCUCUUUCUUUCUCCACUCAGAUCACUGUAAAGAAAUGAAUCCAAAACAUAUGAGGCAGCAUACAUACACUGUUCCAGACUCUUCUUCUUUUACUUUGAAAUAUUUGCGGAAAAUGCUGUUGUUUUUUCCAGGUACAGUUGUUGAAUCAGUGUGAUUAGUGUUUUCCACAUGUAGUGUUUUCUAUGCGUUCAAAAUGGUCCAUUAAGUUCAAGGAAUAGUUUGCUGAAAAAUCAUAUUUAUAUUAUUUUCCCCUUAAAUCAAAUGUAGUCGAUCAGCCGAAACAUGUCUGAUGUCCGAAGUUUGCUUGUUUAGUUUUGCACUGGAGCUGUGAGGCUAAUGAACCUAAGAAGUAAUGGAAGAAUCCCACCAAUUAGCAAUUAUCAGCAAGAGCAGGCAUAUGCACAUAAAAAUGCAGGAAAUGCUCUCACUGCAUUUUCCCUGAAGACUAGAUUAAAAGUAAAGCAGAAAUGGAUCGAUUCACUGCUGUGCUGCAAUGCCUCUGGUACAAAACAAGCUCACAUUAGCCUAAUUUGCCCUGUAAAUAUUUUAUGUUUAAUACAUACAGUGUGCAAAAUGCUAACCAGAGUUAAACUACAUUAGCCUAAUACAAAGAUAUAGGCCUGUUCAUUUUUAAUGUUUAAAGCCCCAGUGAACCUAAAUCCAUGUUUCCUUUCUAAGUAGGUUAAUCUUGCUCUGGUGGGCACACAAUACAUAUGUACAAAGUAUGUGCUGUGAAUAACUGAUGUAUUUUGCCUACAUUCUCCUCUCAGUGUAAACUGCACAGUCCUAAUCUUGAGUCAAGAGUACAUAAGCAGUAUCCUCACCAAUCACAAGACUGGUGAUGUGUCUCACCCAGACAGCUUUAAUAAGACUGUGUUCUGUUGUGGUCUCUGCUCUCUGUCUGCGAGAAUGCUAACGACAAAUGAGCUAACCUAGCAAGCGUAACAGCUCACAAGAGCAUUUGUUCAUCUGUUUGUGCAGUCAGCCAGUCAUAAAGUGAACAAGUGCCUUACCUUCUGUAAGACAUCACCGUAUAAAAGUCAGAUAGUGUUUUUAGUGAGUUAUCACUCAGCACCUGCAUAUGUAGAGCCUGUUUCACUCAUUUCUCCACAGCUCCUAGCCUACUAAGGUUACUGACAACAUGGAUCAUAAUGAAAUAACACAAUAAAGUAUUCAUUAUUAAUGAAAAUAUUAUUGAAAAUGCGUCAAUGUGUUCAUGCAGAAAGUAAGAGAUGAAAGAAAUUAUGUCUAAUUAUAGAACAAAGUAGCUUUGUGAUUAUUUGAUCGUUUUUCCACAAUCUAAACAUGUAGUGUAGGCCUGUACAUGUUUCAUUGUUUUAUUAGGGCACGCUGUUAUGCUUGUUGGCUAAAAGAACAGUAUAUUGAGUUCAACAGGCCGGGAACCUUGAGUUUGUCUUACUUUACUUUACAAAAUAUUUGGAGGGUCUGGGCCCAAACAAUACUUCUACAUGUUGUUGUGGCGUGAAAAAUAAUUUGGGAUAUAAUAUAUAUACCUGAGUAGGUGGUUUCUGAGUCUGUAUGACAUACUGUUAUCUUUAAAAAUGGACAGUACUACAUAGCAUACACUCUUAAAAAAAGA